AUGAAAGUUAGAGAUAAAUUAUACAAGAAAUGGCUUAUUACUCGAAAUUAUGUUUUCCUAAACAAAUAUAAACUAUAUCGCAAUAAAAUUGCCAUCAUUAAUAAGAUAUAUCGUGACUGCUUUUAUAAUGACAUAUUAAUCAAAUCAGAUAACACGAGAAAGAUGUGGGAUAACAUCAAUUUAUUGAUAAAUAAGAAGCGGCCAAGUUCUCAGAUAGAAAAACUACAAGUGGAUAAUAAACAAUAUGAACAACCUUCAACUAUCUCCAACUGCCUUAACGAUUUUUUUUGUAAUCAACAUGUCCCUUCUACACUAGCAGCACAACUGCCUAAAUCUGAUAAGAGUGCAACCUCUUAUCUUUCUCAGAAACGAAAACAAUUUCGCUUCGCACAAGUCUCUGAAAUAGAGGUAUUCUUAUUACUAGAAAGUCUUGUAAGUAAAAUAUUUGAGAGGUGUAUUUUUAAUCAGCUGAUGUUCUAUUUUGCGAAUAAUAAUAUGAUUUCACCAAAACACUAUGGAUUUAGACCAGGUUUUACAACCUCUGAUUGACCUUAUUGAAGAAAUAACCUCCUCUCUUGAUAAAGGACUUUAUGUGGUUUCUUUAUUCUUAGAUUUAAGUAAAGCAUUCGAUACAGUAAACCAUCAAAUAUUACUAAAUAAACUUAAGUACUACGGAUUACAACAAAGUGAAUACAACUGGUUUCAAUCCUACUUAAAUAAUAGGAAACAGCAGGUGCAUGCAAAUGGUGUUGCUUCCGAUACACAUUUUAUCUCCACUGGUGUGCCUCAAGGAUCGACACUAGGACCUUUGCUGUUUAUUAUUUUCAUUAAUGACCUUCCAAAGUCUUCCACUCUUUUUUCUACCAGAUUAUAUGCAGACGAUACAUCUCUAACAGCUUCUGGAAGUGAUCUUGCCAGUUUAUUGCGCGAAAUUAACAAUCAUAUACCAGCUGUCUACGAAUGGAUAUGCAGUAAUAAAUUGACCUUAAAUUUGACAAAAACUAACUCAGGUUUCUUAUCUUUAUGCCUCGUCAAAAGGAAAGCUACAAUCUUUAUCCACCACUAACCGUGGCAAAUGUUCAUCUAGAGAAGUCCUUUUGUGUAAAAUAUCUUGGUGUGUGUAUU